CCUGUAAUUGUCCCGCAGACCAGCCUCAUCAUUAACGGCAACAAGGGCACGACGAAUCUAAGCGGCAAACGCCCCACAAAAAUUAAAAACGAAAUUAUGGAACCGUACUGGGGUGAUGCCAAUGGACAUGCUCCACAUUCCGUUAAGUAUGAAAACGAUGCAGCCGUUUCCAGUUUUCCAUACUGCACCGAAUCUAGCCUCAAUUUCUCAACAAAUGCAACCGGCUACAGUGAAGAUGAUACCGAAUAUAAUACCGGAAGACGUAACAAAACAUCGAGGCAAGAUCCUCUAUCGCAUCGCAUUAUUGAAAAGAGACGACGAGAUCGGAUGAAUUCAUGUUUGGCCGAUUUGUCACGUCUUAUCCCACCGCAAUAUCAACGUAAAGGACGGGGACGCAUCGAAAAAACGGAAAUUAUUGAAAUGGCCAUACGUCAUCUAAAACAUCUGCAAAGUGAAUGUAUGCAAAAGGAGAAUGACUAUCGUAUGGGCUAUACGGACUGUAUGAAGGAGGCAGCGAAAUUUUUAUAUGAUAGUCAACAGCAGGAGUUUUGUUAUCGUCUCUUGGCUCGCCUCCAGGAACACUGUGAAGAGGUUAUGAAAAAUGAUUGUUUCCGCUCCCGUAGCUGUCACACGGCCGCCGAUAAUAUUAGCGCUUCCAGUGGCAGUCCCCAUCAAACGUUCCACGCUGUACCGCCAUUGUGCCAAUUGCGCGACAUGUUGGGUACCUCAGACAUUGAGCACAGCAACGAUCACAACGAUGUUAAAGAUCUCAGUUUUCGCAAUCAUUUGAAUCAAUUGCAUCGCAACAAUGCAGCUGCAGCGGCGGCCGCAGCAGCAGCUGCAGCUGCUGCCAUGGAUAGUAAUACCAAUGAAGCCCAUCACAACAAUGUUGGCAGUAAUGCAGCGGCAGCAGCAGCAGCCACCACCACAGCUAGCUCGAGCACAACUAAUGUCAACAGCAGCAACAACAACACGUCUAAUAUUCCUAACAAUGCAUCAACGGCAUCGAACUCGGGUUCGGUAAUAACAACAUCGAAUAAUGCCACCAGUUCUACAGGACCUGCUGUUGGUGGGGCCCUGGGAGUUGCCACAUCCACACAACAGCCCCAUCAAGCCCCCGUUAUAACGUCCACAGCUCCAGCAUCCCUCCAUCAUCACACAGAUUCCAGUAAUCAUGACUUUGACUCAUCGCGUGAACCCAUCUUGCACACCGAUACCUCCAAUAUGCAUUCGCCGCCACCACGUGAUACUCUGUUGGGCUCACAUCAUCAUGGCUCCCACAGCAUGCCACAUUCGCAUCAUUCUGCCCACAUGGCUCAUCAUCAGGACAGUCUGUUGCAUGGUGGCCGCCUGCGUAAUUUCUCAGAAUCUUCUCAUGAUAUUGAGCACAACAACAAUUAUAAGUACAAAAAUCAUAUAAAGGAACGUUUCAAUCAUGAACUACACGAUGAGGAGACUUCAUCGGAACAUUGUCCCGCCCCACCAAUGUUACAAAAUGAAAAUUCACAUGCCCAUUCCGAACACUCCAAGGAUGGUACAGAGCCGGAAAUUGCACCCAUUAUGGCUAAAAAGCGCAAAAUGGCCGAAGCACUGAGUGCCCACUGUGAGAAUACUGUGGAUGAAGCUGAUUUGAGAAUAACACCUGCCCAUCGAGCCAAUAAUGUUGCUGCUGCAGCCGCUUCUCUUUUGAAUAACACCAGCAGUAAUGCCCGGGAAGAAAAACCCUUUACCCCGUUCAGUGAUAUCAAAACCGAGGCAACAACGGCCAACAGCAAUGGACCAUUGAAACCGCACUUGAGUGCUCCCACCAGUACCACCGCUCCACUGCCAACCCGUAGUUUUGCUGUGCCCAUUUUUGCCCUACACAGUCAAGGCACCUACUAUGUACCACUCAAUGUUGACUACAAUAUACUGAUACCAUUCCUCAAUGGUAUCGAUCUGCUGGAGAAGAAUUUCAAUAGUAUGCCGGUUGUACAUCCCAUCAACAUCAAUGUCAAUUUUAUGCCCACCUCCUCAGCAUCAUUGUUGGCGGCUGCUGCCGCUGUUGUGGCCAGUAAACAGCAACAUCCUGCCGCGGCGGCGGCAGCAGCUAUAGCCAAAGCAGCCAAAUUGGAGGCCAUCUCUAAUACGAAUGGUUGGUAG